UCUUCUUCUAUCGAUUUACUCAGAGGGAGAAAUUUCAUCGGGAAAAAAGAGGGAGUGAAAUCUAUCAUCAACACCUUUUUUCUGUCAUAGAAAGAACACGUGAAGUAACAAAUGGAUGUGGGUACAAUUUUUGUAUCCCCAAUUAUCAAUUCAUUAAUCGAGAAAGUUUCAACUUAUUGUUCGGACGAGAUAGCUCUUGUUUGGGGUGUCAAGGGUGAUCUGGAAAAGCUUUCCGAGACAUUAGAGCUAAUUUACGCUGUAUUGCACGAUGCUGAGAAGCGGCAAUUGGAAAAUAAUAAUCGGCUAGUGAAACUUUGGUUGGAAAAACUCAAGGAUGUGGCUCUUGAUGCGGAGGACAUUUUGGACGAACUUCAAUAUGAAGAUCUUCGACGUAAAAUGAAAAAUAAAAGUAACAUAUUGCGGUUAUUGCCCUCAAAACCAUUUGGAUUUGGUUGUAAGAUAGCUCAUAAAAUUAAAGAGGUCAGUACAAAGUUGGAUGGAAUCACCAAGAAUAUGAAGAGAUUCAACUUUAUUAGUCAUCUGGGUGGUUAUUCUGGUUCUGAUGCUGUCAAGAAUGAAAAUAUACCGGAAAGAUCUUCUCAUAUUAUUGAUUCAGCUGCUGUUGUGGGAAGGGAAAAUGAUUUAUCAAAUAUAUUAGAUUUACUAAGCAAUUGCAACCAAGAAAGUUAUUCUGUUGUUCGCAUUACUGGUAUGGGAGGGAUUGGCAAGACUACACUUGCUCAAUUGGUAUAUGCUGAUAACAUGGAUCAUUUUCAAAUCAAAAUAUGGGUUUCUGUGUCCCGAAAAUCAAACGAGAGGGAGAUAUUUGGGGAGCUUUUGGAAUCAAUUGGUAUAGACUGCCAAUCAAGCUUGAAUGUUACCAAAGAUCGCCUUAAAGAGAAACUCAUGGUCGGGAAAUGCCUGAUAGUACUCGAUGACGUGUGGACAAAUCAUGGCAUCGGCGUAGAUGAGUUACUGAAAGAUUUAUUGUCUAUGAGUUGUGAAGGAAGUAAAAUUCUUAUCACUAUGCGAAGUACCGAAGAUAUUCCUCCGAUGACGGAUCGUCGAUACAUCAUCUACCAAUUGCAAGGUUUACCUGAAGAUGAUUGUUGGUCUAUAAUUAGUAACAUCGCAUUUGGACAUGGAGGUGCAAAGAAGACUCCAGAUCUAAUCAACAUAGGAAAGCAAAUUGCAAGAAAAUGUGGAGGUCUUCCUCUGGCUGCAAAGUCUCUUGGAGGUUUGCUCUACUCUAGAAAUGAAGAAGAAGAAUGGUUAUCUAUCUUGAACAGCCAAAGUUGGGAACUCCCAACAGGCGAAAAUAAGAUCGUCUCUCUAUUGAAGUUAAGUUAUGAUCAUUUAUCACCACCAUAUGUGAAACGAUGCUUUUCAUAUUGUUCGAUUUUUCCGAAGGGUCAUGAUCAUAAGAGGAAGGAACUGAUCAGAAUGUGGAUGGCAGAAGGAUUCAUUAAUAGUUCCCAUAAUGCAUCGGCGGAAACUGUAGGUAACAAAUAUUUCAAUAUUUUGUUACGCAACUCUUUUUUCCAGGAUGAACGUAGAAACAAAGGGGGGGAUAUCAAGUCAUGCAGAAUGCACGAUCUUGUGCACGAUCUUGCAAUAUCAGUUGCUGGGAGUGUGUCUCUGAUGGUGAAGGCAAGUAGUAAAGAUGAUGAUCCAGAAGUUAUUAUGCAACUUAAUAAAUGUCGUCACUUGGGGUUACAAGUGCUUGAUAAAGAUGUCUCAGCUAUUCCCUCGGAUAUUUAUAAAGCCUCCAAACUACAUACUUUGGCUUGUUUUGAUGAAGGCUAUUGUAACUGGGUCUGGGUUAAGCAAAUCCUCAACUUGAGUUUACUAAGGGUUUUAAUUCUAAGUAGGAUAGGAAUUGAAGAGUUGCCACGAUCCAUUUGCAACUUAAAGCAUCUUCGGCAUCUCGAUCUCACAUCUAACCCUAUUAUAUCUUUCCCUAGGUCUUUUAGUAAACUCUACAAUUUACAGGUUUUGAAGCUCAAAGAGUGUCAUAGAUUGGAAAGAUUUCCCACAAACAUGAGAAAGCUGAUCAAUUUAGAAUAUUUCAUGUUCAAUAAUAGAGCUAAUAAGUUGACUCAAAUGCCUAGAGGGGUAAGCAGAUUUAGUAAACUCAAAAAAUUAUCAAGAUUUAUGGUGGGAACAGGCAAAGGUUAUGGUAUAGAAGAAUUGAAAGAUCUAAAUCUCCUUGGAGGUAAACUGAUUAUUGAUAAAUUGGGAAGAGUAACAGAUGCCAGACAAGCAAAUUUAAUUGGAAAGAAAAAUAUUGCACGCUUAGAACUGCGUUGGGAUUCACAGAGUUGUGAUGAUUCUGAUAGAAACAACAAUGUCAAUGGGGUGAUAAAUGACCUCCAACCUCACCCAAAUCUAAAAAGGUUAACGAUAUCCCGUUUUGGUGGUUCAAAGCUUCCAACAUGGAUGGGUACCUCCAUACAGCUUCCGAGUUUGGUAUAUGUUAGCCUAGAUGGUUGUGAUAAUUGUGAACUCCUUCCUGCACUUGGACGACUACAAUCUCUUAGAUAUCUUUCUAUGGAAAGCAUGGAUGCUAUCAAGAAAAUCGGUCCUGAAUUCUAUCAAAGUAAUGGAGAUGCAUCAUUCCCUUCUUUGGUAGAGCUUUAUUUAGUUCAUUUUUACAAUUUAGAAGAAUGGUUAGCAGAUCAGCGGUCGACAUCAACAUCUAGUUUCUCUUGCCUUGAAACGUUGGAGAUCUCUGGUUGCCCAAAGUUAUCGACCACACCAACAAGAUUUCCAUCUCUCAAAAACUUAAGUUUUGAAAUUCAGCUCCUAGAUGAUCAAAGCUUGAAGUUUCUACCUUUAAAACUGCUGAGUGGGGCCAACAGCGUUCUUCAGGCUUUGCUGGUCAGUGAUUGUGAUGCGUUUCAAGGCUUUCUUCCAGACGAUGAGCAGCAGCAUCAGCAUUAUCAACCUGAUCAUCUUUCUAAUGACUAUCUUUCCAAGAUUGAAAUUUUGAAAUGCCCUUCUUUAACGGUAUUACCUGCAGAUUUCAGCGGACUGAAUUCUCUGACAUAUUUAGCUAUUGAAGGGUGUGGAAGUCUUCAGUCAUUGCCAGUUGGUAUAGAAAUCCUCCCGGCACUUCAUACGCUGAUAAUUGGUGGAUUUUCAGAAGACUUAGAAUCUUUUCCAUUCCCAACAGCCACCGCAUCAUAUGGUGAACGAUACUUCGCUACUCUCCGUGAUUUAAAGAUACGCGGGUGGCGUACUCUAAAGGUUGUGUUGCCAGACCAACUUCAACACGUCACUUCGUUAUAUCAUCUCAGUAUAAGAGAUUUUCCUUGCCUGUUGAGUUUGCCCGAGUGGUUUGGCAAACUAUCUUCCCUUCAGACCUUGGACAUAGAAAAUUGUAGCAGGCUGGAGUAUCUUCCUUCUGAAGAACAAAUGCUACGCCUAACCUCCCUACAAAUCAUAAACAUCAGGUAUUCUCCGCUGUUGCUCGAAAGAUGUCGUUUUCCCAAUGAAGAAUGGCAUAAGAUUGCGCAUCUCAAACAAGUUAGCACAUCAUCUCCGUCACUGCUUGACCACAUUCCAAGGAAUGCAGACAUGAACGAAGAGCUAGAAACUCGUAGGAGGUCUGGGAUUUUCUCAAAUCAAAACAAAGAGAAAUGUUGGGUUGAUAGUUCUGGCCGCAAGUGCUUCAUGUUGUUUCCAAGGAGUUGGUAUAUAACUUGGGGGGAAAACACAAAUUACUGGACAUGGCUUUCAAUAAUAGAGCCAUCAACAAGUGACGAUAAGGAGAUUGAAAUGCCUGAACUUGUUAGAGUCUGUUGGCUGGAUGUGCAAGGGAAACUAGACAUGUCAAAACUCAGUCCUGGAGUAAAUUAUGAGGUUGUAUUCGUAGUGAUGUUUCAAAAGAGGAGUUAUGGAUGGGAAGUACCUGUGAAUCUUUCGCUAGAACUCUCAGAUGGAAAAAAACUAGUCCAGAAGGUUAACUUGGAAAACAUGCCUAAAUCACAGUGGAUCGAGAUUCACGUUGGAGAAUUCAGAACACCACAACAUCCUGGUGAUGAAGAAAAAGAAGUCCAUUUUAGGCUGUUUGAAAUUGAAGUUUUGAACUGGAAAAAAGGACUUGUUAUCGAAGGAGCAAUUGUUCGACCUAAGUAAUAAAUAUUAGGCUUUUUUCGUUCCUGUUAGUACACUGUUUUACAUUAGCUUUGUUAUUCAAUAAGAAACUGAAGACUCUAAUACUGUGUG